AUGGGGAGGUCUCCUUGCUGUUCAAAAGAUGCCCACAGAAAGGCGUGGAGUGCCCAGGAAGACUUCACUUUAGUUAAAUACAUUAAAACCCAUGGCGAUGGUUCAUGGAAUUCUGUGCCAGAAAAAACAGGGCUAAAACGGAGUGGAAAGAGCUGCAGAUUGCGAUGGGUGAAUUAUCUUCGUCCUGAUAUUAAACGUGGAAAUAUUUCCCCAGAGGAAGAUGACCUCAUUAUUAAAAUGUAUCGUCUGCUUGGCAAUAGAUGGUCACUGAUAGCAAAACGUCUUCCAGGGAGAACAGACAACGAAAUAAAAAACUACUGGAAUGCUCAUCUCAGCAGGAGGGUUGCAAAACCUCACAAUUCUAAUACAAGCAAUUCAUCUUCUACUUCUACUGAAGAUAAUUGUAUAUCAGAAGAUAAACCCAUAGAAACAACACCAUUGACAAGUCUUGGAAAGUUAAUAUCAGAUGGGUGUGAUAGUUCUACUCAUAUUAAGGAGAUGGAAGAUCAUAACUUGUGUUUUAGUGAUGAUCUGCAUGCCUUGACUGAAACCAAAUACUUGGAUGAAAUCGGCUCCCUUGAAAGCAUUAUACAGCUAGGAAAUAGUUUUGAGAACGAGGUACAAGUAGAGAGGAGUUUUCUAGUCGAAACGCUUGAUAACCAUGAUCAAUUAGAAUCACAAUGUUCGCUGAAAUCGAACCUACAGUUAUUAAGACAAAUCUUAGAAUUGGAAGAGGAAUGA